GAUAGAGAGGCACGGCCUCGGGGCCUUCCGAGAGCAAAGGAGAGGAGUCAUGGUCACUCCCCAAAGCCGGGUCUGGGGUCCCCAGGAGAAAUGUGGUCUGUCUUAGGUGGAGGGGCAAUGAUACUUGUCCAAACAGGACAAAGGUGGUAGAGCUCCUCCUCAAGAUGGAUUUCAGGGCGGGUGACAUCUUUGCCCUGAUACAUCCUCAUGGUACCCCAUUUUUCGAUGUCAGCUUCGUCCGGGCUGAAGGGCUCGAGCUCUUUUGGUCUCGGUACGAGCUGGCAAAGAUGGCACCCGAGUGGCGAGAUUUUUCUGUCCAGGCAAUUUCUCGCCAGAAUAACAUCAAGAAAGUGACGGUAUUAACGUGUAACAAAUCUCUUUCUUGCAUAGACAUCAUGACCUGGAUUGGGCGUUAUGGAGAGGUGGUCAGCAUUCCCCAGAAGAACAGGGAUGAAUUCGGUAUCUGGUCGGGGGCCUGGACCUUCAUGGUCAAGUUGAAGGUUUCAGAGACCCCCAGGAUGGGAAGGGGAUUGUGGAAGCUGAAUUCAUCCCUCCUGGAAGUCAAGGAGAUAAGACGGUCCUUUGAGGAUUUUCUGCAGAGCCAGGAAACAUGCGCAACCUAACCCGAGGCACGUGUGAGCAGGAAGGAGUGUGCACCAGAAAGCUACUGUCCCUACUGUCACCGCUCCAAGAGACUGAAGAAAAGGACAAUACUGAGAAGAGUGCAGACAUGUCAGUGAUACUAAAGAGCAUAGGAAUCAAAAUGGAAACCAGAGCCGGACGGGCAGCAGCCACUACCAUCAAGGAGA